AUGGCUGCCCCAGAGACCCGGAGCAACAAACUCCAGAAUUCAAUCCACACGGAGAAUGUUGUGCGUUCGCCCCAAAACUCCGAGGGGGCCACUGAGAUGGAUGAUCCUGCAAAUCCUCGAAACUGGCCAUCGUGGAAGAAGAAUGCCCAGAUCCUGAUGGUUGCAUUCCAUUCGAUGUCUGCAACGUUCAUCGCCGCUGGUAUUAUCCCGGCUUAUGAUGCUUUGGCAGAGGAAUACGGCAUCACGGUACCCCAGGCAAGCUACCUGACCUCAGUACAGAUCCUCCUCUUCGGCAUCGCCCCGUUCAUAUGGAAGCCAAUCACAGAAAUAUACGGCCGAUAUCAUGUCUUCUUGCUGUCUGUCUUUGGGGCCAUGCUGUGCAAUAUUGGAUCUGCCCGCUCAACAACCUACGCUGCCCAGAUGGUCUGCAGAGUACUAGGAUCUAUUCUUAUCUCGCCCCCGUUCGGAAUGGGCAGUGGAGUGAUUACGGAACUGUGCGAGCCACAGCAUAGAGCGCAGAAGCUCGGAUGGUGGACUUUGCUGCUCACUCUGGGAACACCCAGCGGCCCCUUCAUUAUGGGAUUCGUGACUGAGCAUGCCGGCGUGCAAUGGAUCUUCUGGAUCUUCACCAUCGUAAAUUUCGUGCAGUUGGUUCUGUAUGUGGCUAUUGGAGAGGAAACCCUGUAUAUCCCGGGACAGGCCAGCAGUGCUCAACAGGGGUUCUUCAGCAAGUUCCUUCCCAGACGUAUUAAUCCUCGUCCCCUGAGACUGCGCGAGUUCAUCGAGCCGGUGUUUCUCUCCCGGCAUACGCGCGUGCUUAUCCCCGCGAUUGCACACUGUGUUGUCUUCUGCUACGCCAAUAUCGUCUUGAUAGUGGAAAUGCCCAUCGCAUUUGGCGAGAAGUUUCAUUUCAAUGCGCAGCAGAUUGGACUGCAAUUCAUCGCCAUCAUUAUCGGCUGCGUUCUCGGUGAACAGCUGAGCGGACCCAUGUCUGACUGGUUCUUGAUGGCGCUGAAGCGAAAGAGAGGAUAUUUCCAUUCAGCAGAUCGCCUGUGGCUGUCGUAUAUUGGCUACGCGACCGUCGUUGCAGGACUCUUGGUCUGGGGAUUCCAGCUGGAAAAAGCUGAGAGUACCUGGAAUGUUACGCCUUGUGUUGGAGCGGCCAUUGCAAGCUUUGGCAACCAGAUCAUUACGACGAUCUUGAUUUCGUUUGCGGUCGACAGCUACAAGGAGCAGUCUACCGACGUGGGUGUCUGCAUCAACCUCUACCGCCAGAUAUUUGGAUUUAUUGGACCGUUCUACUUCCCUAUUAUGUUUGAGACUCUGAAGCUGUCUGGUGCAGCAGGUGUGAUGUGUGCAGUUGUUGCUGUCGCUGCUUUGAUUCCUACAGUCGCCAUACAAUUUGCGUCGAGGGCGAAGUAG